AUGGCAGCUGGAACUUCUAAUGAGGUUGAUAAUGAACAUGAUGGCACAAUUGUUGUUAGUGUGGAUCUCACAGAUGCUUUUACUACUGAUAAAGCUUUUGCAUCCCACACUGAUCUUAUUGAUUGGGCUCGCCAUGUAGGUAAAGAGAAUGGUUAUGUUGUUAUUGUGAUUUGGUCUGACUACAGAUCUGAAAAAAGGAAGCCUGUGAUAACAUUGAGAUGUGAGCGUGGUGGGAAGUAUACACCAGCGGCUCAAGUGUUAAAGCGCAGUUCAACUGGAACAAAAAAGUGUGGUUGCCCUUUCCAGCUAAGAGCAAGGCAUAGCAUGGUUGAUGGGCGAUGGAAGGUGAUAGUUCAUUCUAGGAUUCACAACCAUGAUACAGCUGAAAUAUUACAAGGUCACUCUUUUGUUGGUCGUCUAAAUUCUGAUGAAAAGGCCAUGGUGGGAAGUAUGAUUGAGAAAAGGGUUAAGCCAAGCGACAUGUUGAUUGCACUAAGGGAGAAAAAUCCGAACAACCUAACUAGAAUCAAACAAAUCUACAAUGAGAAACAAGCCUACAAUAGGAUUAAGAGGGGACCUUUCUCGGAGAUUCAACACUUGAUGAAAUUGUUGGAAAGUGACAAAUAUGCACACUGGUCUAGGGUUGAGGGUGGUUCUAAUGUGAUUAAAUAUCUCUUCUUUGCUCACCCUGAUUCUAUUCAUCUUUUUAAUGAAUUUUCUACUGUGGUGCUUAUGGAUAGUACAUACAAGAUCAACAGGUACAUGAUUCCUUUACUUGAAAUGGUUAGGGUGACAUCAACUAAUAUGACAUACUCUAUUGUCUUUCCUUACAUGGCGAAUGAGCGCACAUAUGAGGUGUUAUGGGCAUUAAAUAGGUUGAAAGGGUUGAUUGUCAAGGAACAAGAUCUUCCUAAGCUCGCCAUUUGUUGUGCCAAUUUCACGUUUCAAAGAGUGCUCGGGAAGUUGAAGACAUUUGUUCAGUCGAUAGAAAGACGUGAAUUUAUUACUGAUAUCUGGAAUCGGUUGAUGCAUGCUACAACUGAGGCUGAGUACAUUAAGGAGGUUGGAGCGAUAGUUGAAGGUGCGCAUUCAAAGUUAAAGAAGCUUCUUUCAGAUAACAAAGGUGACUUGGUUACAGCUUGGACUGCUGUCAACAAGCUUCUUAUCAUGCAACAUGACAAGAUUAAAGAAUCCUACCAGCUCAGCAAUUUUGUCACCGAGCAUACUCUCAAUGAUGUGUUUUAUAAGGAUUUGCGAGGCUUUGUUUCUAGAGCAGCAUUGCACAUGAUUGCUAGAGAGAGGAAACAAAUCGACCCUGCCAUUGAUCCUGAGUUGGGCGUCAGUUUUGAGUCUGAACUUGAAACUUUAAAAGUUAAAUUUGACGGAGCUUCUGCAGCAGUGAGGAAGUCCAUGAUUGAUAGCAUUAGAAUGAUUUCUUUCCCGGAAAGGAAUUCCAUGUGUCCUCCAAAGAAGGUCACAACUAAGGGUAGGCAAAAAGACUCUUCGAAAAAGGUCACAGCAAAGAGUAUUAAAGUACCUAGUGAGCGCUCUACGAAACGUAGUGCAUCUCGUUGGGAGCAUAUUGAUGUGCAAUAUCCGGGCUCUUGGGAAGCUAGCAACUCCACACCAAAUAUUGCCAUUCCUCCCAACCGAGUGAAGAAUCAAAGCCUCCGCUCAAGCAUGUUGAGACAAAUCCCCAAAGAGUUUCAUCCAUUCAUUGAUUCCUUGGUUCAUGUAAAGGGAGACAGACACUGCGGAUUUAGAUGUGUUGCUGUAAUGUUGGAUAUGGGGGAAGACAAAUGGCCGAUUGUUCAAUAG